AUGGCCGCCACAGAAGCCGGAUGUGAGCAUUAUGUUCGCAGCUGUUUGUUAAAAGCACCCUGCUGUGGGAAGUUUUAUGUGUGUCGUCUGUGUCAUGAUGGUGAAGAGAAUCAUCAAAUGGACCGAUUUAAGGUCCGAGAGGUUAAAUGUGCAGUGUGUAAUACUGUUCAAGAGGCUCAGCAGACAUGUAAGGAAUGCAAAGUGAAGUUUGGCGAGUAUUACUGUGACAUUUGCCAUCUUUUUGAUAAAGACAAGAAGCAGUACCACUGCCAGCCCUGCGGAAUAUGCAGAAUUGGCCCAAGAGAGAAAUACUUCCACUGCACGAAAUGCAAUUUAUGUUUAGCCACCGAUCUUAAACAUAAUCACAAGUGUGUUGAGAAUGUCUCCAGACAGAACUGUCCUGUAUGUAUGGAUGACAUCCACACAUCCAGAAUAGGGGCUCAUGUUCUUCCCUGUGGUCAUCUCUUACACAAAACAUGUUUUGAAGAUAUGUUCAGAACUGGUGCGUACCGCUGUCCCCUAUGUAUGCACUCGGCCUUUGACAUGGAGCAGCACUGGGAAGAGAUGGAUAAAGAUAUUGCCCAGUCACCCAUGCCCACGGAGUACCAGGACACAACGGUUAAGAUCAUAUGCAAUGACUGCCAGGCUCAUUGUACUGUCGCUUUCCAUGUGUUGGGCAUGAAAUGCAGCAGCUGUGGCUCCUAUAACACCGCCAAGGAAGGGGGUCUGAUCAUGCCCCCUGCUGUAGACACACAACAAAAUACAGAACAGCCUCUUGAAGAAGAGCACGACGCUGAGCAACAUGAGUGAUGUUAAGUCGCAGAAGAAAUCUCCCAGCUGAACUUUGAAAUAUAGAAAUACAAGCUUUCAUCAUCGAUCUACCAUGUCUUAAAUGCAAUUCUGUGUUAUUGCUUCAUUAAAAUGAAUGAGAACAUUUUGGUUGACCGUUCUUUAACCUGAUAAACUUGUCAAAUCGUCCCAUGAUUCCCCAAAUCAGACAUAUAAUUGUUGUGGGACACGCAUGUCGAAAAUUUUAAUAUUUGCUCUCUCAUAAAGACUGACCACAUUUACAUGCACUUCAUUUUCUCAUUAAGGUCCAUAUUCUGACUAAGCUUUUAUUCUGAAUAAAGGUUAACUUGCUUAAACGAAUGCCAUCCCACAUGUGUAUGACUU